AUGGCCACACGCGGUCUGAUUGGGCUAUUGGCCUGCUCAGUGCUACCUGCAGGCCUAGCUUUGACGGAGCGAGGCAGGACCGCCUACUGGACGGAGCUUAUCGCGCCGGUGUACUCGCCCGAGGCGAACAAUAAGGUCCUCACGACGGCGCAGUCCUCGUCCAGCCCUGCGCAAUGGCCAGAGUACACCGACCCAGCGAACCCGGGUACGUGGGUGUACAAGCCGGCGAGCGACUGGACAUCUGCAUUCUUCGCCGACCAGCUCUACCUCUUGCACGAGCGGUUCUCGACGCUCUGUCCGAACGACGACAACACGACAGACUGGCUUUCGCUCGCACGGACGUGGUCGAAUGAGCUGUACAACCCGUCGCAGGAUGUCCUGACGUCCUGGGCGCACGACGUCGGCUUCAACUCGGCGCCCAUGAUGCACGAGUUGCGGAUCAACCCUGGGAACGAGACCGCCAAAAACGCCCUCCUCGCCAACGCACAGUAUCUGGCGAGCCGCUACUCGAGCGUGGUCGGCUGCACGAAGAGCUGGGAUCGCGGAGAGGGAGAUUUUGAGGUGAUUAUCGACAACAUGAUGAACCUCCAACUUCUGCUCACCGCGGCGGAUCUCUCGGGCAACUCGACGUAUCGCGACAUGGCCACCUCGCACGCGAACAAGACGAUGCAGAAUCAUAUUCGACCAGACGGCUCAUCGUAUCACGUGGUCAACUACGACCCGACGAACGGGCAGGUCCUGUGGAAGGGGACGUCUCAAGGCUAUUCGAACGAAUCGACCUGGACGAGGGGGCAUGCGUGGGGAACGCUUGGGUUUGCGCUCAUGUACAACGCGACGGGUAUCAACGCGUACUACGACACGGCGGUCAGAAUGGCGAUGUUUGCGCUGAACGCCUCAACCGAUGGAGUGCCCUGGGGAUACGGCAAUCCAGUCACGCCGCUUUACUGGGAUUUUUCCGCCUCAAGGCCGACGACUCUCGACACGUCCGCCAGCGCCAUCUUUGACACGGCCCUCAUUCUCCUCUUGUCUCUUGAGGCAUCACGAGGGAACGCCAGUAGCACGUGGUUCUACCCAGCUACGGACCUCUUCGCGAACUCCGCCUUGUUCACUGGGACGAACACGAGCCUGAUCCAGACGCAAUGGACUGGGGCGUCCAUUCUCGGCAACGCGACAAUCAACAACCGCGCCGAUCCACCGCUGAACAAUACCGGCGCCGUCUACGGCGACGCCUAUAUCCUUCGCGCCGCAAACUACUUCCUCAAGCUCGGCAUGCUCAACUGUACCGCCGGACCCGCUUAUAUCGGGACCUCUGCGGUUGGCGCUUCGCCCUCGGCCCUUUCAGCGCCUUGGAUCAAGGCAGUGAACGCGAGUGCGUCAUUGAAUGGGAAUGGGACGGAUGCUUCGGCGGGUCAGAGCGGAGGAAGCAAGAGCGGAGGGGCGACAAGCGGAGCCAGUGCACGACGGCCGCCAUCGCUUUUCAGGACGCUGGCGGCGUUACUAGACGGAUCGAGGUAG